AUGCAAGUUGUGGGUCUCGCGGGAAGAAAAGGUACGCUCCAGCCUUAUGAUGUCCAGCAGGUUCUGGCUCGCGCCGUUCGCAAGAAGAGCAAAGUCUCGGACGACGACCAGCAAACCAAGAGUACGCUCGAGGAGAGGCUUGACAAACUUAAGAUAUGCUGCAAUAAACAUGAAGUCAAUCUCUUUGGCUGUGUUUUUGAUCCAGCGAAUUCAAAAGUGACAUAUGAUGAUGUCAUUGUUGAAGAACGGACAAAAGAGACCAUAAAAUAUCUAGUUUCCCAGUCCAGGCUACAUUUCGAAGCUUCUUCACAAUUUCUUAUAGAUAGUACGAGGCUUUCUGGCGCCCUGUUCUACGGUCCGCCUGGUACUGGAAAGACUGAGAUGGCCCGGGCGAUAGCGAGUGAUUCGAACGCUGUGAUGCUUAGAGUCAGUCCCGCAGGUCUUGAAAGAGCAGUGAGCACUAUCAAAGCCGCGUUCACGCUUUCUAAGAAACUUUCCCCGUGCAUCCUAUUCAUUGACGAAGCCGAUGCUCUCUCCUGCCAAGGCUUCGUAGAUGUUAUUCCCUGGCGACAACAUGAUUUGACUCAGUACCUUGAGGAAAUGGAUGGCUUGGCCUCUAGUAAGGAUGCCCCAUUUGUGCUUUGUGCGACGAACAAGCCGCUUGACCUGGACAAAGCAUUGUUGAGAACGAUGCCCCUCAAAGUGCAGUUCAAGCUUCCCGGUAGCAUGGAAAGGCGCAAGAUCCUUGAGGUUUUCUUGAAAGAGUCAGACUUGGAUCCAUCGUUCGACAUGGACAGUUUGGUUCACGCUACAGAAGGCUCCUCUCGAUCGGACCUCCACUCACUCUGUGGACAGGCUGCUUUGGAGUUUGGUAUUGACCAUGUCAGCAGCAAGACUGAUAAGAAUGGCCAAGAGACAGCUUCUAUCAUUAUUAAGUUGAAGAAUCGCCACUUUGACAAAGCUCUAUGUAAUUUUCGUCCAUCGGUGACAUCCUGA